UUCUUCUCAUUCUUCCGCCAUUCUAUCAGAGGCAAUAGAGCGAUCGAGGCGUUAAACAAACAAACAAGGCAGCCACUGAUUUAAUGUUGGAGUUGCUUGGGCAAUUACGAUAGAUUGUGAUGUCGACUGCGUUAUGUGACAGUUCUACCCCCAGUAAUAGUGUUGAAGGUGCUGAGGAGACAGGAAAGACCUCCUUUAUUUCAUCCCUUCUUCAUCAGCUCACAUCCCAUAGCUUCUUGCAGCCUGUUCUUUCUGACGCCACUGAAGUAGUGCUGGUUGUGUCUGUGCAGCGGUACUUGGGGGACCCUGGAAACGAGAGGACCUCCAGAUCAUCUGCCUCUUACUUUUACGAUGUGACCGUGAGUGAUGGCUUUUCUCAGAUUAAGUGUCACCUGGCUCCUGAGCUGAACCCCCUGGUGCACCAGAACUGUCUGAAGGCUGGUAAUGGAAUCCACAUCACCCGCUGCAGCCUGGCAUACGAUGAGAAGAGGCUAAACCGCUGUUUCCUGCAGAUUGAGGCACUCAAACUGGCGGAAGCUGAGAGUGCUCCCCGUUUGAACACCCCUGGCCUGAGUACUGAGCACCUGCACAGCCUGACUGCUUCCCGGAGAGGAAGGGAUCUUCUGAGCACUUUGCAGAUGGAAACCCCCUUAAAAGGUGGAAGGGUUCAUUAUUUACCCUUGUGGAAUAAUAACGACCCCUAUGGUGGAGAAUGGAAUGGUCCAAAGGGUCCACCUUUUCCAAAUGUCCCACUUGAAGGUUUUAGAUUCAUUUCUCUCCAGCACUUGACAAUGAUCUGGAGAACAAAAUUUGAAUUUCCCCAUCUUCUGGUGCGAAUAAUGCACAAAUCUAGGUUACGCUAUUAUGGGCGGCCUGGAACAAAGGUGGACUUUCCUUAUCAGGCCUACCUUGAAGUAGCUGAUCAGUCCGGUAUGAUGCCACUGGUCCUGUGGAACUCCCUGUGCCCUGAAUGGUACCAGUCCCUGCACGUUGGCACAGUGCUCCUGCUGCACCGUUACUCAGUUAAGAACAGUUACCAGAUGAGAACCUGGGCCACUCCAUGUGACCCACAGUUAAAGAGCCUCAGAACCAUAGAGAUCUGCCUGAAUCCGCGAGAUCCUCGCGCAGAGAUCCAGAUUGUGCCAACUGAGCAAGUCAAAGCAGAGUGGAAGUUGCCUGACAUUAAGUACAAUUUCAUCACCAGACUGGAGCUGGAUAAACUGCCUGAUGGUUACACUUGCGAUGUCAUUGGACUCGUCACCUUUGUGGGAAGAUGUCAGAGAGUAAGAAGGGAAGAUGGCAGUGAAAAUUUCUACCUGUACCGCUGGGUUCAUGCUGUGGAUGGCAGCACUGAGCAACCUUUUGUCCUUGAACUGUUUGCAACUUCACAGCCAGAAACGUUUCAACAGAUUCACCCGAUGACCUACUUGGUUUGCACCCAGAUGAGGGUAGUUCGAGAGCUCCGACCUGGGGGAGCAAUUGCCAAUGUUCCCUACCUUACAACCUCCAAUGAAAGCCAGCUAUCUAUCUCAGGGCAUCACAAAGGACAACCGUACACACAGAAUCCAAAAGUACAGAGCUUCAUUCGGUGGAUAAAAGGACAGCAUGAGAAAGAUGUGAUGAAGAGGUCUGUAAUGGGUGGCUACUAUUCCUUCCCUCCAGCCCCCAACCUAUUUCAGGAUUACUGUAAAAAUCUGGAUGCCACAGCUCCCUUCACCUCCAUCAGUGAACUGAAGAAGGAGAUUGAAAGCCUGCAUUACAGAGAGCACAGGCGGAUUAUCCUUCAGGGAACCAUUGCUGCUGUUGGAUACGUUUGUCACACAGGCUCAGCUGAAAGGCUGUGUGUGAAGCCAGUGCUGGGGGCUCGAAACGGCUUGGACCCGGCCCUGCAGAAAGACGAUGCUUUUGCAGCCUCAUCUUCAGCACCAGUCAGACUUGACGGGGAAGGUCCAGAGGAAGGCACCAGUGUGAGCCGGCCAACAGAGGCGCUUCAUGUAGAUCCAGUGAGGCACCAUCCGAGGCAGUCAUCGCCAGUGCUGAAUUGCUACUGGUUAAGGAAGAAGUUGGCGGAUCCACAGAUGGGCGUGCUGAAGAGGAAGAAGCAGACAAACAGACAGAGGGCCCUGAAGAGGGCAGCUGCUGUACAAGUGCGUGAGCAGGAUGCUGAUGUUGCAGUGAGCAGCAAAGGAUUCUCCCAAGGUGCAGAAGAACCUGUGACAGCUGGCGAAGGUGAUGACAGAAGAUGUGAUGCAGGAGCUGCAACUGAUGGCUUCUCAGGAUAUACAUGGAAAAGUCCUACAUGGUCAGAGCUGAGAGAACAUCUGUCAGAGUACUUGCAUUUUGGUCAGCUCCUUCCUGAGAGCCUUCCACGGAAAUUUGCCUAUAAACAUAGAGACUUCCUCAUGCAGCAGUAUAAUCUUCAGGCUGCGGUGUACAAGCCGGUCACAGCCACUCCCAGGAUAGCCCUUCAGAGCUUUGCAUCUACAUGUAUCCAUGGCUACUACAGUGUGACGAUAGUUGGUGUAAAUCACCAGACAGCAAUUGACGUUGUGUUCCUUCCGGCUGUGAUGAGUCAUGAGGGUCACCGCAUGUUGGGUCUAUCAGUGGACGCUCAUGAUAACACGCUAGCCUCCAUUUUGGCCAGCGGUUAUGUUUGUGACGAACAGGCCACAGAUAAUAAUCAGCAAAAACAGACAUCCUCCUCUCCAGAUCAGAUUGUAAAGACGGCAGCUAACCUGGACUGCCUGCGCGUCAUCUGUGUCCUAGAUGUGUGCCAUCAUGGUGGGGACAAAUCUGAAGUGAUUUUAAACAAAAUAUACAGAGUGACAGAAUGAAGUCAGCCAUGACCAUUUUAAGGACAGCAUUUCAACAAUAUCCAUUUUCCAUUCACGGGUUCUAGAUUUUGAUCUGUGUCCUUCUCCAGUAACUGCCUUAGAGCGACAACAUCAAGUUGAAUGCCUUAUGGUAAUUAUUUGCUAUAAUAGUAUGUUUAAUAUAAACUUUCACCAGUCGGUGUGUACAUAUUCAGAUUUUAUCUCUCAAAUAAAUCUCUGGAUUAA